AGCUCAUUGGACCACGUCGGCUGGAGAAAAUUCAGCCCCAUGUGCACGUUAGCACAGUCCCUAAACAAUUUGCUAAUCUCCAGCUCUAAUUCUCCCUUACAAGAAGUCCUGUUCCCCAUUUGUGGAAACUGCAGAAACUUUAGGUUACUGUAUCCUUAAGCUAUUGUCUGCUCCAUUUAUCGUUCAGUGUCUCACCAAAUUUUCCCGGAAAUUAUUGUUUUCUGUUAGUUUCGGUCCUUUUUGUUGAUUAGGGCCCUGGGGAAGUUGAAGUUGUGAUUUGAAGAUCUUUUCAAUAGGUGUUAUUCGUUUGUCUGGUACACUUAAUACCCAUUUGGUUUCCAGAAUAUCCAUUUCCAAUCCAGUCAUGACCCAUGCAAGUUCGAUCCAAUUAUCCCACGAAUUAAGGAUUCAUAACACUCGUGGAUGCAGUAGCCAACAUAGUUUUACCUGUUAUCCACAGUGUGUGACGGGAAAGGAAAAGAACAGAGUACAUUUGGUUAACUUCAGUCUUUCAGCGCAUGGUUUGAGACGGGAUGCUUGGACUCUUCACUUUUUAAGUAGCACACGUGGGCCAAUAAUUGCUGCACCUUCCAGGUGCAAUAUUUUCUUGUGCCAAUCUCUUCUAACACCCAAUGGAGGAAAUGGAAUUCCUGUUCUGAAAUCUGCAUCUGUGGUCUUGACAAGGUCAUAUGAUGCCUUGGGUGGAAAUCAACUUGUUCUUAAAUUGAUUCCAGCAGUUGGUAUCAUUGCUUUUGCCGCAUGGGCUCUUGGUCCCCUUAUGCGCUUGGGCAGGGUUAUUUUUCUCCAUAAAUCUGAUAACACUUGGAAGAAAAGUAGAACAAAUUAUAUUAUGAGCUCAUAUCUUCAACCUUUGCUACUAUGGACUGGAGCAAUGCUCAUCUGCAGGUAUUUUGAGGAAGUUAAAUCUUUAAGGAGAUGCUAUUGUGACAAUCAAUUAAUGCUACUUAAUGAUCUGCAUGUUUCCAGAGCACUGGAUCCUUUAAUUCUACAGUCAGAAGCAAGCCAGGCUGUGAAGCAACGACUUCUGAAUUUUGUACAAUCACUAUCAACUGUGCUGGCAUUUGCCUAUUGUUUAUCAAGCUUGAUACAACAGGCACAAAAAUUCUUCACAGAGACAAAUGACUCUGAUGGUGCAAGAAAUAUGGGCUUUAGUUUUGCUGGAAAAGCUAUUUAUAGUGCCGUUUGGAUUGCGGCCGUAUCAUUGUUCAUGGAAUUGUUGGGUUUCUCUACACAAAGAUGGCUCACAGCGGGGGGUCUUGGUACAGUAUUGCUUACCCUUGCUGGUCGGGAGAUAUUUACAAAUUUUCUUUCAAGUGUAAUGAUCCAUGCAACACGGCCAUUUGUUGUGGGUGAAUGGAUCCAGACAAAGAUUGAAGGCUAUGAGGUUUCUGGCACUGUUGAGCAUGUGGGAUGGUGGUCACCUACAAUCAUAAGAGGUGAUGAUCGCGAAGCAGUUCACAUUCCAAAUCAUCAAUUCACUGUGAAUGUUGUUAGAAAUCUCAGCCAGAAGACUCAUUGGCGCAUUAAGACCCACCUCGCUAUCAGUCACUUGGAUGUCAAGAAAAUUAAUAACAUUGUAGCUGAUAUGCGCAAGGUUUUAGCCAAAAAUCCUCAAGUGGAGCAGCAAAGGUUGCACAGAAGAGUUUUCUUGGACAAUGUUGACCCAGAGAAUCAGGGUCUCAAGAUUUUGGUUUCAUGCUUUGUGAAAACCUCACAUAUUGAAGAGUACCUCUGUGUGAAGGAAGCUGUGCUCUUGGAUCUUCUUAGAGUUAUAAGCCACCAUAAGGCUCGGCUCGCUACGCCUAUCCGAACUGUUCAGAAAAUGUACAGCGAGGCUGAUUUGGAUAAUGUACCAUUUGCUGACACUAUUUUUACUCGAUCAGGAGUAGCUACUAACCGCUCAUUAUUGCUGAUUGAGCCCUCUUAUAAAAUCAAUUCUGAUGAUAAAACUAAAGAUUCAGCUCAUUCAGUACGUAGUGAAGCAGCCUCAACAUCCGAGUCUAAAGCAGAUUCAAGUUCUGGAUCAAUGCCAAAUGUUGAUUCAAUAAAAGAUAAAGUCACUGCAACAAACUCCGACUCCAAUACAACUUCUAAGGUUUCAGCUAUCCCCGUGUCAGAGCCCCAACCAUCAGUGGGAAGACCUCCAUUGGAGGAGAACAUUGUUCUUGGCGUUGCUCUGGAGGGCUCAAAACGAACACUUCCAAUUGAAGAAGAAAUGGCUCCAUCUCCCUUUCCCCCCGAGUCAAUGGAAUUGACGGCAAGUCGGAACGGUGGUGGGUCCCCUUCUGUUGGGAAGGAUAAGAAAGAUGGUCAGAUGCCAACAGUUCCAAGUUCCUCAAACAUUGAUUAACAGAUUGAAGUAAGUAAAAAACACAGUAUAUGCCUCUUGAACAUUGAAAUUGUAGAAGAAUGCGACAGCUGUGUUUUUGAAGCUGUCGUUUGCUGUUUCAUACUCGGUUGUGAAUUGUCCUUGUUGUAAAUAAUUGUUUAAUUGAAAAAGUCUUAGGAAGAUGAAGAAGAAAUUGACAAGCCAA